ACCGAGGCCAAAACAGAAAGCGACCGCCCUUUUUUGAGAGACGGGGGAAGAACAGCAGAGGGAGAGCUGGGGGAGCGUCAGACUGAAAAACAACUGCAAAAAGCAGCGGAACCUUGCUUGAGGGGAGGGGCUGAAUCAUGUCCGAUGAGGAUGUCAUUGAUUGUGGGAGUGAGUUUCCGGCCCACUACAAGGUCAUGCUGGACAAACUGAACGAGCAGAGACAACUGGACCAGUUUACGGACAUCACGCUCAUCGUGGACGGUCACCAGUUCAGGGCCCAUAAAGCCGUCCUUGCAGCCUGCAGUCAGUUCUUUCACAAGUUCUUCCAGGAUUUCAAGAUGGAGCCCCUAGUGGAGAUUGAAGGGGUGAGUAACUUGGCGUUUCGGCACCUGAUGGAGUUCACCUACACGGCCAGGCUGGCGGUGAACGGGCAGGAGGAGGUUAGCGACGUGUGGAAGGCCGCAGAGUACCUGCAGAUGCAGGAGGCCAUCAAGGCCCUCAACAACAGCAGCAAGUCCCCGGUGUACAGCGGCCCGGCCAAGGGCAAGGCCAAGAAGAGGAAGAUCGCCGAGACGUCCAACGUGAUCACGGAGACCCUGCCCUCGGCCGACACGGAGCCCGUGGAGAUCGAGGUGGAGAUCGACGAGGGCCCCAUGGAGGUGGAGGAGAGCGGGCUGGAGGAGGUGGUGGAGGCCGCCCGCAACGCCCACGUGGGCGGGGACUCCUCGGACGACUCGGCCCUGGCCCUGCUGGCCGACAUCACCAGCAAGUACCAGCAGGGGGAGCCGGCGCUGCGGGCGGCGAAGAGGGGGGCGGCGGCGCCCGAGGCGGUGGCGGGGGUCGGCGGCGGCGGCGCCACGGUGCUGCUGCCGGAGCCCAAGGCCCUGGAGAGCAUCGAGGUGGUGGAGGUGCAGAUCUCGCAGCUGGACAACAUGUUCCGCUGCGACAAGUGCGAGCGCUCCUUCAAGCUCUUCUACCACCUGAAGCAGCACCUGCGCUCGCACGCGGCCGGCGCCGCCGACCGGCCCUACGUCUGCCGCCACUGCGACAAGGCGUACGCGCGCGAGGGCGCGCUCAAGCACCACCUGAGCAGCUACCACUACGACGCCGAGGAGCAGGCGCGCCGCCAGCGGCCGCAGAAGAGGCUGCACGUCUGCGAGUACUGCGACAAGCAGUUCGACCACUUCGGCCACUUCAAGGAGCACCUGCGCAAGCACACGGGCGAGAAGCCGUUCGAGUGCCCGGACUGCCACGAGCGCUUCGCCAGGAACAGCACGCUCAAGUGCCACAUGGCCGCCUGCCAGAACGGCUGCGGGGCCAAGAAGGGCCGCAAGAAGCUCUACGAGUGUCAGGUGUGCAGCAGCGUGUUUAACAGCUGGGACCAGUUUAAGGACCACCUGGUGAUCCACACGGGGGAGAAGCCCAACCACUGCACGCUGUGCGACGUCUGGUUCACGCAGCCGCGCGACCUCCGCGCGCACCUGAGGGACCUGCACGGCGUCCAGGACAAGGCCCUGCUGGCCGCCGAGCCCGCCGCCGACCACGCCCCCGGCCCCGCCCCCGACGAGGAGGAGGAGGAGGAGGAGGAGGAGGUGGUGGAGGAGGAGCUGCUCCAGGACGGCAUCCGGGUGGAGCACGUCACCGUGGAGCCCGUCCCGCUGGAGGGGGAGGCGGUGGACGUGGUCGGGGUGGUGGAGGGGGAGACGGCGGUGGUGGUACAGGUGGGAGGGGAGGUGGAGGUGGGGCGCCCUGAGGGUAAGGAGGAGGAGGAGGCGGAGGGGCUGGACUUCUCCCAGGGGGCGGGGACUGAAGGAGGGGCGCGACUGGAGAUCAGGGUGGAGCAGGUGACGGGCGGGGACGCCGUCGCCGAGGUGCCGGACUCCGAGGUUCACCUGGAGCAGGAGCAGGUGGAGGUCCAGGUGGAGGAGGGCGUGGUGCAGGGGGUGGAGGUAUGAGGGUUCCUCCCCUCCUGUCCCGGGACACUGUCGUGCAGACAAGAGGUUUUCCGCAACGCACAUUUCAGAAUUUUUAUUUAUGGAGAAGAAAAAUAAAACUGCGUGUCCAUCUCCCUGUUGCUCCGCCCCCCCCCCACGCAGUUGCAGAUUUUAAACAGCUUUACUGACCAAAUACACCCAUCAACGCUCCCCUGUUUAUCUUUUUAAAGGCUAACAGUACUUUUCAGCAAAAAAUUGCGGUGCAUGGGCUGAUUUUGCUGCCAACGUUUUGUGAAGGGGGGGGCGGGGGCUUGUUACUGUGCCGGAUUUUCUGGACGGGACGGGAUCUCCAGUCUUCAUUUCGCUGGGAGCUCGAACCUUUGUCCUCAGAAGCCCCUCAGCAAGGCUUGGGUGUGAAAUCACUGCAGCUCGGAGUCUGGAUACCAUACGCAGAAGUGCAAAGCCGCUAAGACCCUCAGCUUUUGAAAUAAAAAAAACCAUGUUUCUGUUUUGUUUUUUUUUUCUUUCAUUUUUGUAGAAAUCUUUAGUUUUAAAAAAGUGUAGAAGCAUUGUUUAUUGUAUAGUUUUAUUUAAUUUUUUUUUUUUUUGUUUCGGUACGCUUUUUCUGAACCUGCUAGCUUGCCAUCCUGUUGGAUGUCCGAUUGAGAGACUUGCAAAUAAAAUUCAAAUGCAAAAGAACGCGAAUGGACACACACCCCCUUCCCGAUUCACCGACGCUCUCUGUUGGUCGCCGCCUGACAUUGUCCGUUCCAUUGUCACAACAAAUACUUCGCAAUCAUCAGAGCAGAAACAAGAGCACUUCCUAAUAUUUAAAUACUUCCUUCCCUUGUUGUUUUUAUUUUCCACAGAGGUCGUGGUGCAUCAUUGAAUUGUUACAUGAAUUCUUCAGUUUUGUACAGAACAAUAAAAAUUUCGAAAUCAGUAUAGA